AUGUCUGCCAAGUUGGACAAGUCUCUCGACGAGAUCCUCGUCAGCCGUCGCCAGGGCGCUCGCCGUCGCGCUCGUCGCUCGGCUCCCAAGGCUGCCAACACUUCUGUCCCGGUCGGAGGUGUGAAGAAGACCACCAAGGCUGCCAAGGCGCCUGGAAAGGCUGUCCAGAACGGACACCCGGUCUCCACGGAAAGCAAAAUCAUGGUCAGCGGCUUGCCUUCCGAUGUGAACGAGGCCAAUAUCAAGGAAUAUUUCACAAAGUCCGCAGGUCCUGUUAAGCGAGUUAUGCUCACUUACAACCAAAACGGCACGAGCCGUGGUAUUGCCUCAAUCGUGUUCAGCAAGCCCGACACAGCUGCCAAGGCUGCUAAGGACUUGAAUGGACUCCUCGUUGAUGGCAGACCCAUGAAGAUCGAGGUUGUCGUCGACGCCUCCCACGCUCCUGAGGUCCCCGCCCCCAAGCCUCUGGGUGAGCGCGUUGCGCAAACCAAACCCCAACCGAAGCCCGCUACCGCUACCAAGGCUGCUGCUGGUGCCAAGGGCCGCAAGGGCCGUGCUCGUCGUCCUAACGGCCGUGGCAACCGCCCUAAGCCCAAGACUGUGGAGGAGCUUGAUGCUGAGAUGGUUGACUACUUCUCUACCACCAACGAGAAUGCUGGCCCUGCGGAGGGCAACGCCCAAGCAAACGGUGCUGCUCCCCAGCAGCCUGCCGCUAACGGCGGCGAAGACCUCGGAAUGGCGGAGAUCUCCUAA